UCUGAAACAAUCACUAAAUUAUAGCUUCAUCACCUUUGACAUGUGACUAACCAUCAUCAUCUUUGCUAGACAAGUCCAUUGAACUUUGAACCACACAACAUUCAAUAUUGCAAAGGAUGCACCCACGACAACUUAUAUGGGACAAAAUUCGUAGGUGGCAACGUUGUGUGUUUUCCACCAUAGCUAAAAGCAAUGAAGAUAGUGUCAAUUUUCUUCCCAAAAUUCCACACUUCAAUCACACUCCAGCUCCCUACAAUGGCCCUUCAUCGUCUGAUCUCUUGAAGAGAAGAAAUCAGUAUCUUCCCACUUUUGUUGGCACCUAUUACACUCACCCAUUAAAUCUGGUGGAGGGAAAAAUGCAAUAUGUUUACGAUGAAAAUGGUAGAAGAUAUCUUGAUGCUUUUGGUGGAAUUGCUACUGUUUCAUGUGGUCAUUGUCACCCUGAUGUUGUUGAAGCAAUUGUAAAUCAGAGUAGGCUUUUGCAGCAUACUACUGUUCUUUAUUUGAAUCAUGCUGUUGUUGAUUUUGCUGAGGCUCUUGCUGCUAAGAUGCCAGGAGAACUCAAGGUUGUUUUCUUCACAAAUUCUGGGACAGAAGCCAAUGAGUUAGCUUUGAUGAUGGCAAGGUUGUACACUGGUUACCAUGAUAUAAUUUCCAUUAGAAAUGGUUACCAUGGCAAUGCAACCUCAACAAUGGGUGCCACUGCUCAGUUUUUUCACAAGUUUAAUGUUGUACAGACUGGAAUUCACCAUGUCCUUAACCCUGAUCCAUAUAGAGGAGUUUUUGGUUUGGAUGGAACAAAAUAUGCAAAUGAUGUUCAAGAUAUAAUUAAUUAUGGAACUUUUGGUCAUGUAGCUGGUUUUGUUGCUGAGGCCAUUCAGGGAGUGGGUGGAGUGAUAGAAUUGGCUCCAGGUUACUUGCCUGCAGUUUAUAACAUCAUCAAAAAAGCAGGAGGUCUCUUUAUAGCUGAUGAGGUUCAGUCAGGUUUUGGUCGAACUGGUAGUCACUUUUGGGGCUUUGAAGCACAUGGAAUUGUUCCUGAUAUUGUAACAAUGGCCAAGGGAAUUGGUAACGGUGCACCUAUUGGUGCAGUGGUAACGACUCCUGAGAUUGCGAAAGUGCUAAAACACGCCUACUAUUUUAGCACAUUUGGAGGAAAUCCUGUUUGUACUGCUGCUGGAUUAGCUGUUCUUAAUGUAAUUGAGAAGGAUAAACUUCAGAAAAAUGCACAUGUUGUUGGAUCAUAUUUAAAGGACCGUCUUAAUUCACUAAUGGAAAAACACGAAAUAAUUGGAGAUGUAAGGGGAAGAGGAAUGUUGCUUGGAGUUGAACUUGUCAAAGAUAGGAAACUGAAAACUCCUGCAAAAGAUGAAAACUUGCAUAUCCUUGAACAGAUGAAAGAUAUGGGAGUGCUAGUUGGAAAAGGUGGUUUUUAUGGAAAUGUUUUAAGGAUUACACCUCCACUUUGCUUCACUAAGGAGGAUGCAGAUUUUCUAGUAGAUGUGAUGGACUACACAAUGUCAAAGAUGUGAAGCAAAUGCAAUACAAUUGGAUGAAGAACAUGUUCAAAAUCUCAUUCCAUACUUGUAGGACUUGCAUUAAAACAUCAUGUAAUAAGCCUAGCAUAUGUGCAAAUGUAAUGUAAAAGAGAAAUUGACAAUUGCAUUUAUGGGGUUAUUUAAUAAAAAUAAAAAAGCUAUCUUUUUUUUUUUGACAUUAAAAAGCUAUCUUAAAUAUUAGAGACUUGGAAAUAUGAACAAGGUGAUAACUAUUUCCACAAUUGUUUUACUUUUUAAGAUUCACAAUUGCUCGAUUU